CCCCCCCGCCGCCCCGCCUUCCCCUACCUCCGCGGCUGGUCCUUCCACUUCGACGCGCCGGACACACACCACACCAAAGAGGGGAUGGAGAGCUUUACAAAUGGGAAUGUUAGGUUAUUGAAGCAUGAACGCAGCAUUGUUGCAGAGGAUGAUCUUGACUGUCGGUGGCAGGAAGCCACUGGAGAGGCUGUUUCCGAGGUGUGCCACAUCUGAGGGAGGAUGAGACCCCCCCCCCAAGGUGGGAGGCCUGGAUGGGCAGCGGUGCCAAACCCUCGAAUUGGCCCAUGGUUCCGUUUGAUGCAAAAGGUUGCUGCAGACCAAGGUCUUGUUCCAGAGUUUGAGGUGUGCGUGCAAACGAGCACCUCCGCAGGCCUGGACCGGAUCCUGCCGUGGCUCUUCUACCACAAGGUCAUCGGCGUCGCACACUUUUUGCUCUUUGUCGAGGGCAAGGCCGCCAAGCCCAGCGUCGUCAGGGUCCUCGAGUCCAUUAGGGGUGUGAAGGUGGUGUACAUGACCAAGGAGCUUGAGGAGCAGCAGGCCAGGUGCCGAAUCUGGAACGAAACCUGGCUCGCAGGAUUCUUCUACAAGCCUUGCAACCACAAACUGUUUUUGAAGCAAGCACUCAACAUGGAGAUGGCCAUUGUGAUGGCCCGGGAAUCUGGCAUGGAUUGGAUAAUGCAUCUAGACACCGAUGAGUUGUUAUAUCCCGAGUAUUCCAUCAGAUGCCUGUUAGCUGACGUCCCCGAUGAUGUUGACAUGGUUAUUUUUCCUAACUAUUAAAACAGCGUCGAGCGUGAUGAUAUAGAAGAUCCAUUCAGUGAGGUAAACCUUCUCUGUAUUUAG